ACAAUAUACUGUAGGUCACGCUAAUGAUGCGUCGUAGGCGAAUGGACGUCUCUUUUCAGUCAACGUUGGGAACCGAAUUACAUUGGAAUGAAAACGCUCCAAGAUGGUCCGCAUCGCAAACGCCCUGGGUUUGGUCAUAUUGAGUGUCGCUCUUUUAAUUUUAUCCUUAAUAAGUUAUGUGUCCAUUAGGAAGGACAGCAUCUUUUCUUCCACAAAAUAUGACAAUAUGGGAGGACCACGGAUAAUGUUCCACGCAGGAUUUCGGUCACAGUUUGCCAUGAAUUUCCUGGACCCAUCCUUCAUCCCUUUAAAUAAUGCUCUGAACGAAGAGCUGCAAGAGAAACCUUCCAAAUGGAAAUUCAAUAAGACUGCUUUUCAUCAGCAAAGGAAAGAGAUCUUCCAUUUUAUAGAUGUGGCCAACAACUUUUCCCUCAUCAAGAACGGCGUGCACGUAGGCCAACUGAUGCACUUUGAUUACUCAAGUCACAAGUAUGUUUUCUCCAUUAGCAACAACCUGAAGUCACUUCUCCCUGACGCUUCACCCAUCCAGAACAAGCACUACAAUGUGUGCGCUGUGGUGGGGAACAGUGGGAUUCUGACCGGCAGUCAUUGUGGGCCAGAGAUUGACAGCGCCGACUUCAUCUUCCGCUGCAACUUUGCCCCUAUUGAAUCCUAUUACAAGGACGUGGGCCGGAAGACCAACCUCACCACGUUCAACCCCAGCAUCCUGGAGAGGUACUACAACAACCUGCUGACCAUACAGGACCGCAACAACUUCUUCCUGAACCUGAAAAAGCUGGAGGGGGCCAUUUUGUGGAUUCCUGCAUUUUUCCUCCACACCUCAGCCACAGUCACUCGUACGUUGGUGGAUUUUUUUGUUGAACACAAGGGGCAGCUUAAAGUUGAGCUGGCCUGGCCCGGAAACAUCAUGCAGGAUGUCAACAAGUAUUGGAAGACCAAGAACCUGUCCCCAAAGCGACUGAGCACAGGUAUUCUCAUGUACACUCUGGCCUCGGCCAUGUGUGAGGAGAUCCACCUGUAUGGCUUCUGGCCCUUUGGCUGGGACCCCAACACGGGCAAGGAGCUGCCCUACCACUACUAUGACAAGAAAGGAACCAAGUUCACCACCAAGUGGCAGGAGACCCACCAGCUGCCCAGUGAGUUUAAGUUGCUAUACAAGAUGCAUGGAGAAGGUGUGACCAAGUUAAGCCUUUCACAUUGUUCUUAGGCAAUCCAACCUGGGCGAUUGCCUAAGAGGCAUCAAGAGAUUUAUUUGGUGGCGCUCCAACACAGCACUCAACCCUGUCCACACAUAUAUUUUGCGACUUGAAGCCGACAAUUCAUUAUUUAGUAGUACAAUUAUGGAUUACGAUCACUAUAGAAAAUGUCGUAAUAUCACUGCAUCUUGCCUCCCAGCUUUGUCACAGCGUGCACAAUUCACACUAGAACUGAGUUAGUUCACAACUUACAUGGAGGAAUAUUCUGUAUUUGAAGACUUGGUUGACAAUGAUGGUAGAAUGUACUCUGUUAUGCUGAAUAUUCUGAUACAUUAUUCUAGAACGUAUCGCGUAUUAUUUGCAUUGCUGCCAUAAUUGUGUGUAUAAAUAGAUCACUAAAACACACAGGAACACACAAAGGAAUACAUCCGAUGGCAAAUCAUCUCUAUUUCAAAGUGUGUUUCAUUGUUUUGGGUGUGAGGACAAAUGUUAUUAGGCUAUUGCCUUAUUUCAGAGGGAUUUGAUUGCUCAUUUAAAAUCAGUGCUUAGUCUCAGGGAAGGAGUUUAGAUGAUUUUUCUCUCUACUAAAAUUCAAAUGCCUCCACUUAGGUGCAAAAAAUUGUUUUCCCUAAGCCCUUUUUAGCAUACAGGGAACUGCCAGAGGUCCGAUCAGACAGACACAGGUCCCAGCCAGCGCACUACAUACAGUGUGAUCUGUUUACAGUAUCCGUUCAUGCAUGUACAUUGUUGCAGUAGGGAUAGCCCUAGUCCCACUAUUUUAAUAGGAUUCUGUGGAUAGCGCUGGCAUUCAAAUUUGAGGGUGAAUACAUUCCAACACCAAGCCAUAGACAAAGCUUAGUUAUAGUAAAUUUCAAAGCUCAUGUAUAUUGUUGUCAGCACGAUUAAGAAUUGUAGUUUACUGAACAUUUAGGGGGAAAAAGUGUCUGGAUUCUGUUUGUUUCAAUAUCGCAUAAAACAUCAGUGAUAAAAGUAGUAAGGAUUUUACUAAUUACUUUUCAAUUGAUGGUAUUCAUACUGUAACAGCAUUUUGUUUAUGGAACCUUAGUCAAAUAGUGAAUACUUCAUUAUUAUGAUUUAUGUAGCAACACAAGGAAAUGUUUAGCAUAAUACCACUUAUACAUUACAUUAACAUAAACCAGAUAUGUUGAAUGUCUUGAUUAAUAACUGUAGCUAGUAUAAAGAGCAUGAUACACUUUUGAAUGGCAUUGCAUGUAAGAGACUAACAAAUGUUUAAGGCUAGUUUUGUACAACCUUUUUAAAAAUUUGGUUUUGGAGGGGAUUAGUGUGUUCUUUGUUUUUGUUCAUAUUUGUGCUGAUAUUUUCUAUGAAAUAUCACCUGAAACAUAGUAUGAAAUGUAUUUUAAGGCAGAAUAUUCAAACCACUGGGACCAACAUUAAUUUUACCUUUCUGACAAUUGAAGAACUUAAAACUAAAUAUUUUAUUUUUAUAUCUCUAUCUUUAAUCUUCUCAGCUAAAUUUUAUUGUAAAAAUAUAUUUAGUCAAGCUCCACUAUGUUAGAGGAUUUGGUUUAGAUUGAUAGUUUUUAGUGUGUAAACAUUGUCUGUUAUGUGUGUAAAAUAUGACUGCUUGAACAGUACCACAUGAUUGCCACAUGAUUCACAGCACAUGCUCACAUUAGGAAGGCUUGUGUCAAACACACCACAAUCUGGCUGCAUUUAUCUGAUAGAGGUUUGUGUCAAACACACCACAAUCUGCCUGUAUUUAUAAGACAGAGGUUUGUGCCAUGCACAAGAGCAUGGACAGGGUUGGAAAUGGCAAACUCAAACUGGGAAGAGUUAAAGGUAAAAUCUAAGGAAUUACCUUAAAACACAUUUACUUUUUUCUCCCACUUUUGGAACUGUAACAAGUUGUCUUCCCAUUAUAGCACUAUGUUAUUAUGAUACAAAUAUCGGAUAGAAAUGCCCCACUGGCAUGUUAGGUGGUAGUUUUCUCCUACUCUACAUACAGACCAUGUAAUCAGAUUUGAGUUUCUCUUAGAGCUUUAUUUCAUAUUAAUAAAUACACCAAAGAAAGCCCAUAUAAACAUGUUCAUUAUCAGAAUGUGAUGUGAUUUGAAGUGUUAGGGAUACGUAUGGCAACCGAUGUACAAUGUACAUAUUUCAGUUGAAUUUUUUUAUUUGAUGUUGUGUUGUUUGGUAUCUUAAUUUUUAUUUUUCAGUCUCCUACAAGAGGUUCUAUUGGUGAAUUAUCAUGUUUGUGCCUCCAUUAAUGUCAUCCUGUGAAUGCUUUAACCUGCUGAUCAUCACCAAAGAAGACUAUAUUAAUGAAUGAAUGUAGGGAAUUUAUUUCUCCCCCACAUUUCAUUAGCGCAAAAUGUCAAAGGUAUGUGAAUUAAUGUUUUUCCAUGCAAUCCCCAGGAUCUUUGGAUUAGCAAAUCACCCCAAGUUGUGCUUAUGUAUUUCUUUGGUAAGAACAACUGAAGUUAUUAGAUCUAACAGCCAUUUUCCAUAUCAAAAGGCAAUAAAUAGCAAACCAUUUGAAAAUCUGGUCAUCUGUGGGAUUAUUUACUUAUAAUUGUAGUAAUUACUCCUAAGACUUUGUAUGGAAAAACAUUCAGUCUUUUUUGUCUGAUGUAAUGGUAUUCAUGACAUUUUCUACACUUUCUUCAAUGUGUUUAAAAAUGUGUCCCACCUUUAUCAAACAUGGCGCCCAAUGUGCUUACAUGACAUAAAAUACCCAGCUCCCAUAAAGGACAUUGCUAAAUCGAAAUGUGAAACGUAAUACAUUCUCUCAUUCAUAAAACAAAUGUAACCAUGACUGUGAAUAACCGGUUUUCGGAUUAUAUAUUGACAAUGAUAAAUGUGCCUGCAUUUUCCUUCCAUUAAUGCCUCAAUGUGUAAAGUGAAUAAAAAUAAAGAUGUCUUCACUCUU